GACGUCCCGGAUGCAUGUAAACAUCCACGUCAACAGAAAGUGUAUUAAUGAAACACUUCUAAGGUCACGGAAUAGCGCAAAUAUAGAUUUUACCGGCUCUGGCGGAUGUAUAAUUAAAUGACUUAAACACGGUGGUGUUUUUAGGUUUGUGCAAACAAUGGCUUCCCUAACGCAGAGAAACUCGGGCCUGGUGCAGAGACGGACCGAGGCCUCGCGUAGCGCCGCCGCCGCGGAUAAGGAGAAAAGCCCGGGCGAGGAUGAGUACGAGUCCCGCCGCGGAGAAGAGGACGACGACGACCAGGGAGACGCUAAAGAAACGCGUCUGACUUUGAUGGAAGAGGUGCUGCUGCUCGGACUGAAGGACAGAGAGGGUUACACAUCAUUCUGGAAUGAUUGCAUAUCAUCUGGACUGAGAGGGUGUAUGCUUAUUGAACUGGCCAUAAGAGGACGCCUGCAACUGGAGGCAUCUGGAAUGAGGAGGAAAAGCCUGCUAACCAGAAAGGUGAUUUGUAAAUCUGAUGCCCCCACUGGAGAUAUGUUGCUAGACGAGGCUUUGAAACAUGUUAAAGAGACUCAGCCUCCAGAGACAGUCCAGAGCUGGAUUGAGUUGUUAAGUGGUGAAACCUGGAAUCCGUUGAAGCUGCAUUACCAGUUGCGAAACGUGCGAGAGCGCUUGGCUAAGAACUUGGUGGAGAAGGGCGUCCUCACCACAGAGAAGCAAAACUUCCUGCUUUUUGACAUGACCACCCACCCGCUCACCAACAACACCAUCAAGCAGCGGCUGGUGCGCAAGGUCCAGGAGGCCGUCCUGGAGAAAUGGGUCAACGAUCCCCAGCGGAUGGAUAAGCGUGUACUGGCACUGCUGUUCCUGGCACAUUCCUCUGAUGUUCUAGAGAACGCCUUCGCUCCUCUGCUGGACGACCAGUACGAUCUGGCCAUGAAGAGGGUGCGGAUGCUUCUGGAUCUCGAGCCCGAGGCUGAAGCUGCUAAGUCAGGCGCCAAUGAGCUGCUGUGGGCGGUGGUGGCCGCUUUCACCAAAUGAACCUCCAGACUAGAGAGAAAGGGACUCAACUUUGUGCUCAUGGCAUGGGACUGGCCCCAAGCUUGGUUGAUUCGGACUUAUAUUGGUGAUGGUGAUGAUGGAAAUGCAAAUAAUGAAGGAGAAGAUGCUGAUGAUGACGAUACUUGGAAAGGGACAGCUUUUUCUCAUUGUCACAGAUCUGUCUCUGACCUUCACAAAGGUGUUGCCCUGUCAACUUCAAAUGGCCAAUAGUUGCUACAUGAUUGCAAUUCACUGUGAGGUUUCUUGUAGUCCAUGCACUUAGAUCAUGAAGUUCAUGUAAGAACAAAAAUGAGCGCAUUGAAGGGAGGUGGUUUGCAAAGGGUCUGUACUUAACUAGGCCAUGACUAACAAUAAUCCAGAUCCUGGUAUAGUUCUACAGUCAUUUCAAACGCCAUGUGUCUUUGAAUAAGGAGCCACUUCUUCCGAACACACAGGUUUGAUGAUCCUUGUCAUGUGUUUCGGUUGCAUUUGCAUACUCAGCAGGAAAUAUUCCAUUAGUUUCUGCUACCUGAAAUGGGUCCUGAGUUGAAAGAAAAUAAACCAAUUCACAUUUCAAAAGACUGAAACGCAAGCAUACGUUUUUCUCCGGUGCUUUGAAGAUACAUGACCCUGCUUCCUUGCAAAUCUUCUUUCCAGAAAUCCACUCUUUCUGAAUGCUCAAAGAAUAAAAUGUUCUAAUGCGAGCUAAUAUUUUUGUUUUUUUUGCUUGGUGAUUCAUAUCGGCCUGUGUAUAAAGUGUAUCUAACUUGAUAGCGAUUGUUAUAUUACUCACUGCCUUUUUGUUCUGCGUUCGGCUUAUCAAAUCUAAUUCAUAUCUCCAAUACGAGAUCAACAGUUCAUUCUGUCAAUGAAUGGUUGAGUUUUAUACUAUAAUGCACCACAAACCAGGUCAAGGAAGCAUUGAGCUCACACUCUCAGAAAAAAAAGGUACAAAACCUGUCACUGGGGCGGUACCUUCUCAAAAGGUACACUUUUGUACGUUUUAGAUACUAAUAUUUGCCUUUAAGGUACCAAUAUGGACUCGUUAGGUACAAAGGUGUGCCUUUUGAAAAGUUAACAUCCCAGUGACAACUUUUGUACCUUUUUUUUCUGAGAGUGCACAAAUACAACAUAAAUCAAACAUCUGGGUUUAAGUUGCCUCAUAACUUUCAUUAAUUUCAUACAAAUAGCCAGUCAAACACUACAGGAGCCCCAACUUCAAGAAAGGCAUUCAUUCCCGAGGCCUUUUCACAGUGAUCACUGCAUUGAUGUAACUUUCUUGUCAUAUAUAUGGUUUUGUUCAUGCCAUAAUCUCUCUUGCUAUGUUUCCAAUUUUUAUACUGUUCUUAAUAAUUUUUAUUUUGUUCCUUGCUAUAGCUGUUACCACUAUAUUUCAGAGUCGUUUGUCAUGUUUUUGGUGUCUCUUGACCUGAAAGUGAAGAGGUAAAGCACAGGAUAGGGAUACACCCUUCCUGUGUACGCAAGCAGGUUUGACAUGAUGAUUUACUGUUAGUAAACAAUACGUAAUGAGCUGUAAAAGUAGAGAUGGUGUGAAACGGAUUCCCUGAUUUGUACAUCUGCUUUGUAUCAUAUAAUAAAGUAAUAUCUUUAAGUGCCUGGGAGGUAUAUGAAUAUUA